UCGCUUGGCGGGGGAAGAGAGCGAGUGAUCAAUCAAGGGAAGGAAGAUGGUGGUGGAGCAGGCGGCGUGGCUCCCCUGUGAGGCAGCGACCGUACCCGUCGAUCUACAACACAGAGACGCCGCCCGGUCCGAAACCGUCUCCUGAUAACCGCCCAAUUUGGCCAUGCCCCGAUCACGCCGGGGCGAAGGAUCCCGCCGAGGCGGCCGAGGUGCUCGUAGCAACCCCAAGAUGGAGUCUCCAGCAAGUGAUGAUGAAGCAGCUAGUGAAGUCCUCAGUCAUUACAGCAGUGCCAGUGAAAGUGCCAGUAUAGCUGAAGAAAUGACAGGAGGUGAAGCAGUAGAUGAGCAAGCACAGCAAGAGGAGAUGGAAGAUAAACUGAAAGAAUGCAUUGACAAUGUGAUGGACAAAAGUGCCAAGACCCGCCAGGUUGCCCUAGAAAACCUGCGGCUAGCAUUCUCCUCCAAGACGCUCUUUGACUUCCUGUUGGAACGCAGGUUUACCCUCACGGAUUCCUUAGAGAAGUGCCUAAAGAAAGGUAAAGGGGAGGAGCAGGCCCUUGCUGCUACUGUUCUUACACUACUGUGCCUUCAGAUGGGCUCGGGGCCGGAAGGGGAGGAGGUCUUCCGCAGCCUGAAGCCGCUCCUUAUCACCAUCCUGACCGACUCCUCAGCCAGCCUUGUCGCUCGGCAGAGCUGCGCGACUGCUCUCGGGAUGUGCUGCUAUAUUGCUGCUGCGGAUAAGGAGGACCUAGUAUCCUGUCUGGUCUGCCUGGAAGGUAUCUUUGGCUCUUCAUGCAGCAAGGAUGCCAGUUUGGCACCCUCCCACCACAGUCCUCUGCUCCAGAUCUUGCAUUGCAAUGCGCUCCAGUCUUGGUCGCUGCUCCUCACCAUCUGUCCAAGCACCCAGAUCAAGAAGAUCCUGGACGACCAUCUACCUAAGCUGCCUCUGAUGCUCUCCAGUGAUAAUGUCAACCUGCGGAUUGUGGCAGGUGAAACAAUUGCACUGCUAUUUGAACUGGCCCAGGACAUAGAGGAUUUCUUUUAUGAGGACACUGACCUGCUGUGCACCAAACUAAAAGCCUUGGCCACUGACAGCAACAAGUACCGAGCCAAAACAGACCGACGCAAGCAAAGAUCCAUCUUCCGUGAUGUCCUGCAUUACAUUGAGAAUGGGGAGUGCCACGAGGAGACUAUCAAGUUUGGACUGGAGUGCAUGUAUGUGGACAGCUGGGCAAGGAGAAGAACAUACAAUGCCUUCAAAGAGGCGCUUGGCUCUGGUGUCAGGCACCACUUGCAGAACAAUGAGUUGUUACGGGAGACAUUUGAACUGGGACCACCACUAGUCCUGGAUGCAGCAACUGUUAAAGCCAGUAAGAUCUCACGCUUCGAGAAGCACCUGUAUAAUUCUGCUGCCUUCAAAGCCCGAACGAAAGCAAGGAGCCGUGUCCGAGAUAAGCGAGCGGAUGUCCUCUGAGGGCUUGUUUUCUUCUCCUCUUCCUGCCUUCCAUAGAAGCCAAUGAACUACGAUAGACCUGGACCACUGUGAACCCUGCAAGUGUGGAGAGAUCCUGAGGCAGAAGCCCCCACAUGGCCUCAACCCCUUGAAAAAUUGGGCUUGUGCCCUGUCCCCCUCAACACCCCCACCUUUCUUUGGGGGCUUUUAUAUAUGUACAGAAUAAUAUUUAAAUGUCUUGGAUGUUUGAAUUAUGGUGGGAUGACAAUGGGCAGGUGCCAUUUUUAUUUUUUUAACCAAAAAUUUAAGCGAGGUUGGGUGGUGGGGAGAUUUUUUUUCCCUCACCCCUGCUGCUUUUUUUAAGCCAGUGAUAUUUUUACCCCUUUUCCCCCAUCUCCGUUACUGAAUGUAUCAAGACUGAAUCUUCUCCCUCCGCCUCCUGCAGUUGUGAACUUUCCCAGUGAUGACUUUGGUGCAGAAGGUGGUUUUAGGAUAAGGCUAUCAACAGCAGUGUCCAGGAUGGAGGCUGUGAAAGGACCGGUUUGAGGUUGGGUGCCUUGGGUUUUUCCCCUCUGGUGUUGAAGGUAUUUUGCUGUGAGAUGGAUGAAAUGUGCUGUAGAGAUCAGUGUAGAUGAUUAAAAGUUAGGCUUGAUAGCACAUGAAGAAGGUUAUACCUCUUCUCUACUGAUGCAGUUGCUUGACACUGUUGGCUGUAUUCUCCUAUCCUACUUAUCACCACCUGUCAUUCUGUUCUUGCUCUUUGAGGCUCAGUUUUGCUUCUCACUUACUGAGCUUUAAUUUUAUUUUUUUAAUGGGAAACUGCUCUACUUCACUGACAGAUGGAGAAGCCAGUCAAAGCUGCGCCCCAGGCUGAAAAAAGGUCCUUUCCUUGUGUUUGGGUUCUUUGGUGGGCCUGAGCGUUCCUCUUUUCUCCACACAGGCAGAAUUGACCCCAUUGUGAGGAAGUUCUCUGGUUUACCGUCUGGUAAAAAGAGCAGCGGGCUUUUGAUGCCACUCUUGAUUUAAUUUUGCCUUUACUAUUGAUUUUGCAGUGGGAGAAAGUCAGCAUGCCAUGGCAGUGGUGCCUCGUCUUGUGACUACUUCGUUUUUGGCUAACUUGCCUCUUCGAUUUUUGCCAGCCUGCUUUUGCAGAUGUAACAGCUCAACACUCAAACAUGAGGCUAGGCAGCCUUUCUGAGCCAGGGGCACAUUUAUAAUUUUGAGUUCGUGUGAUGUACACACUGACAAAAAUGGCUACCAUAGGACACUAGCCUGUCUACAAAAUAGCUGCAUUGGUUGGCAUGGCCAGUCACCCAGACUUAUUUGCCCGAAAGGGAACUUUCUCUCUUCCCCAAGUUGCUUUCUGCCACCCCAGUGGAUCUUUGUGCAGUCCACAAGUUGUCCUAUAAAUAAAUAUGGUGCUAGAACUUUGUUCUAUGGCAUCCCACCUCUCUAUUGAAUUUUUAAAAUAUGCCUUGACAUAACAUCAAGUGGAACAGGAAGCUUUAUGGGUGCCUUAGGGGAUGUCCUUACACUUCCAUGCACCCACUUCUCUAUCCCAGAUCAGUUCCAGUUAUGGACCCCAUCCCAAUUGAAAUCAUGGUGUCUAAGGCAAAACUGACUUCGAAGAGAGACACUCACAUGUGUUUUAGGAAGCACUGAGUUUACACAGAGCCUGCACGUAUAUAUCCAGUGUAGUAAACCUUCAUAUUCCUCAGAAACCUUCGUUGAUAAGAAUGGAAAGGUAGCUCUUAGCGUUACACCAAGCAAAGUUAAUAAGAUUCUCUUUCCCAGAAUAUCUGUUUGGAUUUUUGUCUAAAAUACUGUCUCCUUUGCCUGUUUUUCUCAGAAGAGAAAUCUGUGUUGAUCUGCUGGACUUCAGACUAUCAGGAACAAUUAGCUAUAAGAAUAAAACCUCUUUUGUUUUUUGGAGGAGGAGGGCUAGCAGAAAAAUGCCUGUAUAUUCUCAAUGUAUCCUUGAUAAAUACCAACUUUUAUUCUGAAGCAAAAAUAAGAGUUUAGACCUAGACAGUAGCCUUUUUUUUUUUAAA